CCCUCCCCUCCCUCCCUCCUCCCCUCCCUCCCUCCCUCCCUCCCCUCCCUCCCCUCCCUCCCUCCCUCCCUCCCCCCUCCCUCCCUCCCUCCCUCCCUCCCUCCCUCCCUCUCCUCCUCCCUCCCUCCCUCCCUCCCUCCCUCCCUCCCUCCCUCC